AUGCCUUUAGGUUGUAUUUCAGAAAUUUCUACUGGUCUACCUAAGCCGGUAGAACCGGUCACAUCGUGUGAGCUAAGCAGUUCACAACUGCAGCAAUUACAGAACGUUAUUAAAAUAUAUCCUUCAUUUGCUAAAGAAGGCUCAGGAAGUACAAAUAUUCUUAGUCACGCGAUUGACGUUGGAAGUGCUAAGCCAAUUAAGCAGAGUCAUUACCCCGUAUCACCUGCAAUUGAAAAAAUGAUGUAUGAAGAGGUUGAUCGAAUGUUGAAAGUGGGCGUAAUAGAGAAGUCUAACAGUGCGUGGAGUUCGCCCUGCGUUUUAGUGCGUAAGCCUAGGAAAAAUCGGUUAUGUUUAGAUAGUAGGAAGGUGAAUGAAGUCACUGUUAACGAUGCUUAUCCUUUGCUUCAUAUAGACGGCAUACUUAGCAGAUUAGCUAAAGCCUCUUUUAUCACUACACUUGAUCUCAAAGACGCCUUUUGGCAAAUACCUCUAGAUAAUUAUUCCACAGACAAAACAGCGUUUAUCGUUCCAAGAAGACCAUUGCAUCAAUUCAUUGUUAUGCCAUUUAGGCUUUGUAAUGCUCCUCAAACCAUGUCCAGGUUACUGGAUAAAGUGGUACCAGCUCAUCUAAAAAAUGAAAUACUUGUGUAUUUAGAUGAUCUUCUGACUCUACUAGCGAAAUUGAUUAGGAAUGCCGGUUUGACCUUAAAUGUUGAGAAGAGCAGUCAGCACGUCGUUCCCGACGUAACCUCCCGGAUUAAUUCAGACGAUGAGAAUUCAGCAGACUCAGUAGAUGAUAUUCCACAAGAUUGUGAUGGAAAUAGCUUAACAGCUGAGGAUAUUGGACUGUUUGUGGAUCUAAACUCACCUCAUUUUAAAACAGAAGAUUACCGAGCUCCAAUUCAGGGCAUUGAAGGAAAUGCUAAUAAACUGCCGGAUGUAAAGAUACUAGAUGGAUUUGUGUACAAGCGAACUCAACACGAAGUAGGUGAGCAAUUACAUGACGAUUUAUGUUGGAAGUUAUGGAUUCCAAAUACGAUGAUUAGUGAGAUUAUUUACAAGGCAAACAAUGAUCGACUGUCUUCACAUUUAAGAAUAUUCAAAACGAUAGAACGAAUUCGUCGACUUUACUAUUGGCCUAGCUUGGUUAUUGACGUAAAAAAUCAUAUAAAUGGGUGCGAUAAAAUGACAAAACACCCUAAUUAUAUUUUACGACCACCCAUGGGCAAAACUACUAUGACCCACAAGAUUUUUCAAAAACUGUACAUCGAUUUUCUAGGUCCUUAUCCCCGUAGUAGGACAGAAGAAGAAAUCUUUCACGUUUUUGAAGUGCCCGAAAUUAUCGUAUCAGAUAACGGUGUACAAUUUAAGUCUAAUCAAUUUAAAGAAUUGAUUAAUAAGAAUAAUAUUACUCACACUUUUACCGCUGUUCAUUCGCCUCAAGCUAACGCAUCGAAACGUGUUAAUCGAACGGUUAUUGCCACAAUUAGAGCUUAUGUCAACGUUGAUCAAAAAAAUUGGGAUGAAAUGCUUAGCCAAGUCGCUUGCGCAUUGCGAUCAAGCGCUCACUCUGCGAUUGGGACUGAACCUUAUUAUAUCACAUUUGGUCAACAUAUGAUUACCAACGCAAACAGUUAUGCAGUAAUUAAACAAGCGAAACUAAUGGAAGACGGGACGGCAAAUUUCUCCAAGGAGGAUUCCUUAACCAUCAUCCGGAAACAAGCUUGUAGUCAUAUCGAAAAGCAGUUUAACAAGAAUGAGAAAAAUUACAAUCUGCGAACUAAGACUGCAAACGAAUCAAUGGCCGAUUUACGUCGUGUAUCCGAGAUAUUGAAACAGUUAAAACAAACGAUUCAAUUGUUGAAUCAUUUCCAAACAUCGUGCCGAUAUUAA